GCCCCGCUGCCCGCCGAUUGGCUGCGCGCCCCCGUCCCGCCGCGCGGCCUCGCCUCCGUGCGCGCGCGGCCACGUGUGCGGCGGCGCGGAGAUGAGCGUGGGGUUCAUCGGCGCGGGGCAGCUCGCCUUCGCCCUGGCCCGCGGCUUCACCGCGGCAGGGGUCCUGGCUGCGCACAAGAUCACGGCGAGCUCCCCGGACACUGAUCUGCCCACCGUCAGCGGGCUGCGGAAAAUGGGAGUGAACUUCACGGUGAGCAACAAGGACACGGUGAAGAGCAGCGAUGUCCUCUUCCUGGCCGUGAAGCCGCCCAUCAUCCCCUUCAUCCUGGAGGAGGUGGGCCCCGACAUCGAGCCCCGGCACAUCGUGGUGUCCUGCGCGGCCGGCGUCACCAUCAGCUCCAUCGAGAAGAAACUCUCUACCUUCUGCCCCACACCAAAAGUGAUCAGGUGCAUGACCAACACCCCUGUGAUAGUCCGGGAAGGUGCUACAGUCUAUGCCACUGGAACCCAUGCGGAUGUGGAAGAUGGGAAGCUUUUGGAACAGCUGAUGGCCAGCGUGGGCUUCUGCACCGAGGUGGAGGAGGACCUCAUCGAUGCUGUAACGGGGCUCAGUGGCAGUGGCCCUGCACUUACCAGUCCUGGAGCAGUCUUUCAGUCACCUUUUCCUGUCUGGUCUCAGGCGUUCACUGCCCUGGACGCUCUCGCAGAUGGAGGAGUGAAGAUGGGCCUUCCCCGCAGGCUGGCAGUUCGGCUGGGAGCACAGGCUUUGCUGGGUGCUGCCAAAAUGCUGUUAGAAUCUGAGCAGCAUCCGGGUCAGCUGAAGGACAACGUCUGCUCGCCCGGGGGAGCCACGAUCCAUGCCCUGCACUUCCUGGAGAGUGGUGGCUUUCGCUCGCUCCUCAUCAAUGCUGUGGAGGCUUCCUGUAUCCGGACAAGGGAGCUGCAGCAUUUGGCAGACCAAGAGGAGAUUUCCCCGGCAGCCAUAAAGAAAACGCUGCUGGACAAGGUGAAGCUGGAGUCUCCUUCUCUGUCUGUGGCAUCUGCUAGCAAAGUCAGUCUGUUCACCAGCAAGAGCAAGAAGAACUGACCAGGCUGCUGUACUGUGGCAGUGCUGAAUGUCAGUGUCCUGGUUGCAGCCAGGACAGGGUUAAUCUUUGCAGUAGCCAGGAAUGGCGUGGCCAGGACCCUGGUUAUUUUAUACAUCAUACACAUGGGCAGAGGGGAGGGCAGGGUUUGCAGCAGGGGAGAGGGGCUGAAGAGGGGUGGGGAGAAGGGGUCCCUCUGGCUGGGCGCAUGAAGUGAUCAGUGGGAGUAGCAUCAUGUUAGGCGUGGUAAGCAAUCGUGUGUGAAUCCUUCACCUCUUCUACACUCUCCUUGUGUUGCUGUUAUUAUUGGUUUUCUUAUCUCAUUACUGCUUCUAGUAAAUUGUUCUUGUAGCAAA